AUGGCAUAUUUCGACAUGCGCCAGUCGCGGUCCACUAGCCGGACUCAAAUCCUGGCCAUCCUUCUCUUCGUCGUCUUCAUUUACUUCAUCUAUGAGAUCAAUUCCUCCCCCUCAGCCUCAUCCGAUCUGCGUCAACGUAAAUCUGACGCUGCUGCCGACAACCCUCUCAGCCCUCCCACCUCAGCCUUUCGCAAACAGCAGAAUGCUCUUGGCUCACACGGCGUUCGAAGACCACCUCCUGUUGUCCAUUAUCAGCUCAACAACCUCACAGCCACCGUGUUCCCCGAGAAGAACAAUGAGAAGGUCCUCAUUCUGACACCUCUCGCACGUUUCUAUCCUGAGUACUGGAACAACCUUCUCGCCCUAACCUAUCCCCAUGAACACAUAAGCCUUGGAUUUGUCACACCCAAGAACAAGGAGGGCAAUGCAGCCACAGCAGCCUUGCAAGAAGCCAUCAAGAUCACUCAGUCUGGGCCGGAAGAACAACGUUUUCAGUCAAUAACCAUCCUGAGGCAAGACUUCGACCCUCCGCUUAUAUCUCAAGAAGAAAAAGAACGUCAUGCAAUGGCAAAUCAGAAAGCUCGACGGUCGACCAUGGCACUGGCUCGUAACAGCCUUGUCUUUACCACCAUAGGACCACACACAUCGUGGGUACUAUGGUUAGAUGGAGACAUCAUCGAGACUCCUCCAACCUUGAUCCAAGACCUGGCAAGUCACGACAAGGACAUCAUUGUUCCAAACUGUUUCCAGCGAUAUAUCAAUGAUAAUGGAAAAUCUGACAUACGACCUUACGAUUUCAAUUCCUGGCGGGACAGCAGCGCUGCCCAAGAACUUGCUGCCACUAUGGGUCCUGAUGAGAUACUGCUUGAGGGCUAUGCCGAGAUGCCAACGUAUAGAUUGCUGAUGGCAAAGAUAGCCAAAUUUGCUGGAGAUGCAGAUUAUGACCCGAAGCGUAUCAUGCCACUGGACGGAGUGGGUGGAACGGCACUCAUGGUCAAGGCGCAUGUGCAUAGAGAUGGUGCCAUGUUUCCACCAUUUCCUUUCUAUCAUCUGAUUGAAACAGAGGGUUUCGCUAAGAUGGCCCGAAGACUGAAUUAUGAGUCCUUCGGGCUUCCUGACUAUCUUGUUCGUUCUUCUCCUCACAAAAAUGAGAGAAUUCUUGCUAACGCGGUCGGAUAG